AUGGUGGUUGAAAUAAAGGGGCAAGAGCGUCAGCUUGUAAGUACAAUAUUCAUUUUGUACAGUGCUAUUGAUCUCUCAUGCAAUAAAUUUGAAGGCCAUAUUCCAAAUAGCAUCGGAGAUCUUCUUGCACUACGUGAGUUAAAUCUAUCACAUAAUAUGUUCACUGGCUUCAUCCCAGCGUCUCUUGGAAAUUUAUCUGUGCUUGAAUCCUUAGACCUUUCUUCAAAUCAAAUUGGCGGACCAAUCCCUGGGCAAUUAGGGAGUAUUUCAUCUCUUGAAGUGUUGAAUCUCUCACAUAAUAAGCUUGUGGGAUGCAUACCUCAAGGCAAACAAUUCAAUACAUUUGAAGCAAAUUCAUAUCAAGGGAAUGAUGGAUUGAAAGGAAACCCUUUAUCACGAGGUUGUGAGAAUGACAUGAGACCGAAACUUCCUACACCAAAGGAUCUCCACUAUGAAGAUGAUUCUAGUUUUUUGAGCGGAUUCACGGUAAAAGUUGUGGCAAUAGGGUACGGUUGUGGUAUUCUUUUUGGAUUAUUCAUGGGAAGUCUCAUGCUCCUAACUGGAAAGCCAGAAUUCAUUACAAAGUUUGUUGAAGAAGAAGCAUACAAACUAGCAAUGAAGCUCGCUUCUCUCCCCAUGACAAAUAUAAUACUCAAGACAGAGAGUGAUGUUGAAGAUGUGCAUGCUUUGUUGUUGGCUCGGAAGCUACAUCUCAAGUACUGA